AUGCGUCCGAAUCGGUGUAUUUACUUCCUAACUGUUGCUAUACACGUUGUGCUAGUUGUUGUGGCCGGUUCGAAACUGGUGUUUCAAGAAAAUCUUCGCUCGCAAGUGUUAGACCGAAACGAUGGAAUGCUGAUUAGUGGUGGUGCAGUCUCUUCAAAUCAGCUAUGGAUGCUUGGUUUACGGCUACUCCAACUUGUCGACAUGCAGGCAAUACUACUGCACGGAUUUUCCAUCAUCAUUUCGAACCGCCUAUUCAGCGAUCCAUACAGUCGGCACCUGAAUGGAAUGUCACAUCUGUGGACGGUUCUUACGGUGUGCUGCCUUGCGACGAAUCUGUUCGCCAUGGUGCUUUGGUUUCGAUUUGUCGAAACCACGCACAACACUUUACAGGAAUCUCUCUAUGGUGGACUGGAGCUGUAUCAGUUUGACACAACUUGGAGUGAAUUUUGGAACGAGCUACAAAUGCACUCCCGCUGCUGCGGCGUGCAAAAUUAUUCCGAUUGGCAAGGGAUGCUGUGGGAAACGGCAGAAAAAGAGGCUCAAUAUAGAAGGCUACUACUCCCAGACAGCAGUGACAUCAGCAGUAGUGUUGUGAUCGUUCCAAUUAGCUGCUGCCGGAACCGUCAUCAGUGCAUGGGUGAGCGCAUCAAUCUGGGCGUUACUGAGCUAGUACGGUCGGUUGCCCUGGAUGCCAUGAACAUCAUCAAUCACGCCGGUUGCUUCGAUGUAAUGCGAAGAGGCUUGAUACGCACUGUACGCAUGAUCACUCUAUUGGAUGCGAUCCUCUGCUCGAUGCAGCUUGGUACAAUCUUUUUGAUGAGAAUAUUAUUUAUUGCCAACCGAAACUUUAAUUCCAACACGACCAUUUGA